AUGGUGACGACAAGAUCGUCCAUCCUCGUUCUCGUGGCGAUCUGCUUCCUCCUCGCCGCUCCUCCGGCCUACUCCGAACGCCGAGGCUUCUUCCAUGCCACCAUGACCCGCAACCAACCGGCCAUCAACCUAACGUGGGCCGCGCACAAGUCUCGCCAACGGCUGUCCAUCCUCGCCGCCCGGCUGCUUGACGCAGCAGCCUCAGGGUCAGGGAGCGCGCAGACGCCGCUGCAGAUGGACAGCAGUGGCAGCGCAUACGACGUGACCUUCUCCUUGGGCACGCCGCCGCAGAAGCUGUCGGCCCUUGCCGACACCGGCAGCAUCUGGGCCAAGUGCGGCGCGUGCAAGCCGUGCGUGCAGGAGGGCUCCCCUUCCUACUACCCAAACAAGUCGUCGUCUUUUUCCUGA